AUGGGCGACAGUGCCGCGCAUCAGGUGUUAAUCGCCGGCUCAAUAGCAGCCUUCACCGUCGAUCUCCUCGUCUACCCCCUCGACACCAUCAAGACCCGCAUGCAAAGCCGCGAUUACCAAGAUGUCUACGCUUCUCAGAAAGCGAACUCGGCGAUAAAGGGGGCACUAGGCGUGCAGCCUCCCAAGCGAGCGCUGUUCAAGGGGUUAUACCAGGGGAUAGGCAGUGUGAUCUUUGCUACUUUGCCUGCUGCCGGCGUCUUCUUCUACACCUACGAAUCUUCCAAAUCCUUUCUCUCCACCACCCUCCCCACAUCCAUCCCAAUACCCUUCACCCACUCCCUCGCCUCAGCCGGCGCCGAACUAGCCUCCUGCCUCGUCCUCACUCCUGCCGAAGUAAUCAAGCAAAACGCGCAAAUGCUUCGACGAUCCUCCAGCGGCCCCGGUAGCUCUCAGAGCAAAUCAACCUCCCUCGAAGCCCUCAACAUGCUCCGCCACACCUCAGGCGGCGUAUGGAGGCGAUUGUUUUCGGGGUACACAGCGCUGGCGGCGAGGAAUUUGCCGUUUACGGCUCUGCAGUUUCCGUUAUUUGAGGGGGUUCGAACGAGAAUUUGGGAGGUUAGGGAUCGGGAUCGGGAUCGGAAGAAGGGCAGGGUACCUCUAGAGAACGACAAUCGGUCCGAAGUCGAACGAAGUCGAAGUCUGGUCGAAACGGGAUUAGUCACCGGACUGAGCGCCGCCGUGUCGGGCUCCCUGGCUGCGUUUGUGACGACGCCUAUGGAUGUGGUCAAGACGCGGAUGAUGCUUGCGGCCGGCGGGGAGAAGAAGAAGCAGAAGCAGAAGCAGCCAGAGUCCUCUUCCUCUGGUGAGAAGAAGGUGCUCCUCGAGAAUGGUCAAGGUCGACAACAGCACAAAAGCAAAAGCAAAAGCAAAAGCGGCGCAAGCGGAUUCCAGGUCGCAAAGGAGAUUUUUCGGGAGCGAGGGAUCCGAGGGCUGUUUCGGGGCGGCGCGUUGCGCACGACGUGGGCGGCGUUCGGCAGCGGUCUCUAUCUCGGGUCGUAUGAGGUGGCCAAGGUGUGGUUGAAAAAGGAAUGA